GCCAAUGUCACUUGUCGGUCGACAAACAUAUCGAGUUCGUUUAGCCAUGAAUCUUUUUAAAUAUGCAGAACGCGCACGAAAUAUCGUGUAUAUAAUCGAGCGACGGUGCCUAUCAGAAAUCAGUCAGCUCGAAAUCACAAGCAGCACUACCUACGAGAACAACAAUGAAGGUAUUCGCAAGUAUAAUUCUCUUGGCGAGUGUGGUAUUAGCGGAGCCACCGUUUUAUCGUCAACAACAAAAUAGACAAUAUUAUUUUGCAAGACAACAAGAAGAAGCACCGGCUGCACCUUAUGCUCCAUCCAAUUGGAAACCGGCAGGACCGGCAUUUAAUUUACCUCAAAGACAAGUAGAAAAUCCUCAACAAAAAUACGGACCACCGGCUGCGUUACCUCAACAACAAUACGGAGCACCGGCUAAACCUCAGCAACAAUAUGGUACUCCUAACGAACCUCAACGAAAAUAUGGACCACCGGCUACACCUCAACAACAAUAUGGAUCCCCUAGCGAACCUCAAAGACAAUAUGGUACACCUCAGCAACAAUAUGGACCUCCUCCUCAAGAACCUACUACCACAGAAGUACCAAAUACUACUGAAUUAGACGAUGCUACUACUGUUUCUGGUAUUACCGAGUCUGAAUCCGAGCCUGUUAAUGCUGUGAACGAGCUCGAAGAAGAUGACCUGGACCAGAAACAACCACAACAAACUGGUGAAUAUUACAUAGCACUUCCCGACGGUCGCCUUCAACGUGUUCGUUACGUAAGCCGACAAGAUGUCGAAGCAAUGAAAUAUUUUGCCAAAAUCCGUGCGGAAAACGUCGAACCACUUCGCGGACCGAUCUACGCUUACGCACCACUUCAAAAACUUCAAAUCGUACCGGCUGGUUUACAAAUAGCUUUAGCAUCUCCAGUUGUAUCACCGGCGGUUGAAGCCUCGCAACCAGAAAAGAUCAAGAUCGAACCAGCUAAACUAGAGAUCGAACCGGUUGCAGCACAGGUUCAAUAUCAGUACGAUACACCCUCAGCUGUUCUUCCAUUACCUUCAUCGCCAUUAUCUUCCUCUUAUGCUGCUUAUACAGGGAAUUAUCAAAUACCAGAGAACAGGUAUAUUUUGUCUGUACAAUAAGAAAGAUAUUUAAG